CUUCACAACGCGUCUUCGUGGCAUGGGCUGGUUCUGGAGCGAGUGGAAGCUCUCAAACCAUCGCAAAAACCCAAGCACAACCAGCGAAAAUGGCACAUCCCCAAGUCCUGCUGCCACUCUCCAAAACCAGCCCAGCUCCACAUCAUCUUCCCACAACCUGAGAACCAUCGCCUGGUGCACAGCAACCGCAACCCUCGCCCUCAGCCUCCCACUCCUCUACAAACGCCACCUCCGCCGCAUCCGCACAGCAGACUACAUUUCCCCAAAAAUACUCCGAAAGAAAUCCCUCUACGGCUACGUCACACGCGUAGGAGACGCAGAUAAUUUCCGACUAUAUCAUACUCCUCUAGGCCGCUUCGCAGGCUGGGGCUGGUAUCGCCGUAUCCCUACAAAACCCACCGAACUCUCCAAUGAGACAAUCCACGUCCGCAUCGCAGGGAUUGAUGCUCCAGAGUUACCACAUUUUGGUAGACCGGGGCAGCCGCAUGGACAAGAUGCGUUGAAGUGGUUGACGGGACAGUUGUUGAAUCAGAGGGUGAGAGUUUUGCCUUUGGCGAAGGAUCAGUAUGGUCGUGUUGUUGGAAUGGUACAUAUGAGGAGGUUUUUGGUUUUGAAGAGGGAUGUUGGGUUGGAGAUGAUUAAAGCUGGGUGGGCUGGGGUUUAUGAGGCGAAAACGGGGGCGGAGUAUGGUGGGAAAGAGAAAGAGUAUCGGGAGGCCGAGGCGAGGGCGAAGCAGAGGAAGGUGGGGAUGUGGGGUGGGCCAGGUGUGAUUGGAAAGUUGUUGGGGAAGAAGCAGGAGGUGUUGGAGAGUCCGAGGGAGUUUAAGACGAGACAGAAGAAGGUGGAGAGUAAGCCGAAGUGAAAUUCUUCACUCGUGGCCUUGUUCGGCUUCUCACAGCGCUCGGACAAAGGGCCAUCGCAGACACCUACUACUACCGCAGUGAACACUCGCAGUCCUGACCACAUGACGCAAACCGAGACUACACCGGGGACGAAAGUCUCCAAAGGUAGCUGGGGAUGCUGCAUUGGAUCAUCCUCAGGCGACAAAGAUCAUAUUCGGAGUCUGGAAUGUCCUGCGUACUGCAUGUCCUUCCGAGUAAGAGCCGCCUCGCGGUCUAUGAGACGUUCGAAGGACAUGCGAGGAGCCUGGGCAGCUUCACGCACCUGUUGAAAGUUGUUAGAGUGAGAGCAGAAAAGAAAAGAGAGCACGAAUGUCGAAUCGGCCGGGCAGGGGGAUAUUGCCCAACUUCGUGCCCCAUCUCUUGAGCCCUGGCCACAGGCGGUCCUGCACUCUCUUAUGAGGGAAUAUG